GUUCCCUUCAAGCUAGUGUCCACUUUCAAGAAUUACUAUUCUUUGGUGCUGGACAGCGCCCUGGACCGCGAGACCAUAUCUGACUAUAAGCUGGUGGUGACCGCCAGGGACGGGGGCUCCCCUUCGCUGUGGGCCACAGCCAGUGUGUCCGUGGAGGUGGCUGACGUAAAUGACAAUGCGCCAUUGUUCGCGCAGCCCGAGUACACAGUGUUCGUGAAGGAGAACAACCCGCCAGGCUGUCACAUCUUCACGGUGUCUGCGCAUGAUGCAGAUGCGCAGGAGAAUGCUCUGGUGUCCUACUCUCUGGUGGAGCGGCGGGUGGGUGAGCGUGCACUGUCGAGCUUCGUGUCAGUGCACGCGGAGAGCGGCAAAGUGUAUGCUCUGCAGCCUCUGGACCAUGAAGAGCUUGAGCUACUUCAGUUUCAGGUGAGUGCCCGCGACGCUGGCGUACCGCCCCUGGGCAGUAACGUGACGCUGCAAGUAUUCAUACUGGAUGAGAACGACAAUGCGCCAGUGCUGCUUGCCCCUCAGGUGGGUGGCGCAGCGGAUACAGUGAGGGAGCUGAUGUCUAGGUCACUGGGCGCUGGCCACAUUGUAACUAAGAUACACGCGGUGGACGCUGACUCUGGCUACAAUGCGUGGCUGUCCUACGAGCUGCAACUGGUGGCAGGUAGUGCACGAAGCCCAUUCCGUGUGGGACUGUAUACAGGCGAGAUCAGCACCACACGAGCCCUGGAUGAAUCGGAUGCGCAGCACUACCGUCUGCUGGUGCUGGUCAAAGACCACGGGGAGCCGGCACUGACUGCCACAACCACAGUGUUGCUGUCUCUAGUGGAAAGCAGCCAGGCGCCAAAGGCCUCAAGGGCCUUGACUGGCGCCGCGGGCCGCGAGGCGGCGCUAGUGGAUGUGAACGUGUACCUGAUCAUCGCCAUCUGCGCGGUAUCCAGCCUGUUGGUGCUCACCCUGCUGCUGUACACAGUGUUUCGGUGCUCUGCGGAACCCAACAAGGACACUUGUGGUCCUGGAAAGCCCACGCUGGUGUGCUCCAGCGCGGUGGGGAGUUGGUCGUACUCACAGCAGAGGCGACAGAAGAUGUGCUCUGGAGAGGGCCCACCCAAGACCGACCUCAUGGCUUUUAGCCCCAGUCUUCCACCAUGUCCAGUUAACCAGGAUAGAGAGGAGCAACUGGCUAUGGACAUGGAUCUCUCUGCCAAAGUGAAGAUGUAUUGA